AUGAAGAGCCUAGCGAUUCUCCUGCUGCUGUGUGCCGCCGCCACGGCCGCACACCACGAUUCUCGCUCCUACAGUAGCUUCCUUGACAGUAUAUGUCAGGACUACUGUGACAGUGAAGAUCUCCUGCCCAAGAGCAACCCUAACGAUGGACGUCCUCCGCCUCCAGUUCCUCAGGGUCAGCCUAUUCCGAUGCAACCAAGACCUGGUUUCCCACCAAAUCAACGUCCAGUCGACUACAACAACAACUACUUGCCAGGAGGUGAUUGAACUUUCCGAUUCGAUUCGAAUUAGGGAAAAUAAGACUUUUUCCGUGACGUUUGAACUUCCCUUUCUAUUCAUUAUCAGUACAUAAACCAAAAAAUUCUUCAGAUUGUAAAUCUAAACUGCUCUCCAAAAAAUACCCUCAAUUUUCAUCAUUUAACAUCAAAAAGCUUUAGAAGCUCUUUUAAGCAAUUCCUAGAGGGGCUACUAUAAAGGACCUUGAAGAUUCCCCUCUAGGGACCCCCCUAAAGAGGACAGGAAGCUCGCAAAAGUGGCCCCUCUAGAGGAGCAUGCUAGUGGUCCUGAGAGCAGAUUUUAGUUAUUCGCUGAAAAAAAUUUCACUAGUUUCACAAUCAAAAGCUCCUUCAAAAAGAUGAAAAAAAAAAUUUAAUUUCAAGUUUAUUUUUUCCAAAAAUCCAUAUGGCAUCACAUCUCGAAUUGAAAAUAAUUUAAAAGACACUAAAAAAUACCUAUUACAGGUGCAUUCCGACCGAUCAUCCGUCGGCCUGGACCGCCAGGCAACCCGCCAAACUACCCGAACAACCAGCCUCCACAGGGCGGUUGGAACCCUCGAUAUGGAUAA